GCUCUUCGCCCCUCGAACCUCGACCCCCUCUCCCUACUGCCCGCGCGGGCGAGCAGCGCCCGGAGGCGAGGCUGGCGGAGCUGGAACCGCACGAGGAGCUGGAGCCGCAGGCCCCGCCCGCCCCGGCGGGGGACGAGGAGCUGGAGCUGCAGGGCACGGCGCCCCGCGCGGCGCGGCCGCGCGGGUCCAUGGUCGGCGGCGAGGAGCCGAGGGCGAAGAUAGCGCAGCUGGACCUGCCCGGCAUGGCGGUGCGGAGCGGCCGGAGCUCGGCGGUGAGCGCCGGCACGAGAGGCAGCGACGCGCGGUGGCCGGAGCAGCAGCCGACGCCCGCCUUCGGGUUCGAGAAGCACUUUGCGAUGGAGCUGACAGAGAUGGCGUCGCCUUCUGCAGGGAGGAGGGUGUCUGGGGCGUCUGCGGACAACUCCGAGAAUAAUCUCGCGACCGAGAUGACACAGAUGACUCUGACCGCGUCCUCUGCUCAUAGGAUGUCUGCUGACAGCUCUGGGAAGCAGAGGUGGCCGACCGAGCUGACGGAGAUUACUUCGGCUUCUGCUUGGAGGAUGUCUGCAGAUGCUGACAGCUCUCAGGACCUCGAGGCCGAGAUGGCAGGGAUGGCUUCGCCUUCUGCCUGGAGGAUGAUCGCAGACAGUUCCGAGGAGGAGGAGCGGGAGGAGCCCAGAGGCUCCGCGCGGCCGGGGCCCGCGGGGGGGCCGCCUCUCGAGGUCGUGGCCGGAGCCACGGCGACCUACGUCGGGCGCCUGCUUGCGGGCUCGCUGGCCAGAGGCGCGGCGCGGUCGUGCGCCGAUGCCGCGCCGCAGGCCACACCCGACGCUGGCGCAAGGAAGGCCUCCGCGCGAGGCUCGCUCGUCGGCGAGGUGGGCAGGGGCGACUUUGAGGGCGCCUCGGUGGACGCCGCCACGGAGGAAUACGCCGCCGCCGCGACGCUCCGGGAUGAUGAGGUCACACCCGGCGCUCGCUCACGGGUGGCCUCUGUGCGGCAUCCUCCUCCUGCCUCCUGGCUCAGCGGCGCUGCGGAUGGCGGCGUGCCGGAAAGCGCCCUGGAGGAGGGAGGCGCUGCCACCACGCUGCAGGUGGACGAAGUCAAGUCCAGCGUUCGUUCAGUGAAGGCUUCAGUGCGAUGCGUGCUCAGCGAUGCGGUUGACAAGGGCGUGCUGGAAAGCGCCUUGGAGGUCAAGCCCGAAACUCGUUUCUUGAAGGCCUCCGUGCGAGGACUGCUCAGCGAUGCAGUGGACCAGGGCGCCCUGGAACGCGGCUUGGCGGAUGAGGGCGCUGCCGUCGCGCCGCGGGCUGCCGAGGCGGAGCUUCCCCUGGCGACGCCGCGCGCGCGAGUGCGGCAGCUGCUGGUGGGGUCGCACCGCAGCGGCGCGUUGCAAGCGGAGCUGGCGAGGCUGGCGCCGGCUGUCGCCGUGGAGGCGGCGCCCUUGAAGGCCUCCGUGCGAGGACUGCUCAGCGAUGCAGUGGACCAGGGCGCCCUGGAACGCGGCUUGGCGGACGGCCCGCCGGGGGGCCUGCCACCAGCAUCCCUGGAGGCGUGCCUCGCGACAAACCACGCCAUGGAGCUCCUCGGGCGCGACGCCCUGGACGCCGGCCUGGAGCGGCGGCUGGCGCAGGCCACGGCCAGGGAGGAGAUGGCCUACAGGGCCGCCCUGGGCGAGUGCGAGCGGCUGAAGGCCGAGCUGGCCGCCACCGUGUCCGCCGAGCUGGGGCGCGCCGGGCUCCUCGGGAUCGGCGAGGCGGUGCCCUCGGCGCCAGCCGCGGCGCGCACGGAGCCGAUGCCGAGGGGCGCGGUCGCGGCGGUGGCCGCCGCGCACGGCGGCGCGGCCCGGGGCGGCCUCCGCGGCCAGGUCGAGCGCGUCCACGAGCAGGCCAGCACCGUCUUCGCCGAGAUGGAGCGCCGCUGCCGGAGGCUGCAGCAGGAGCUCGUGGAGCAGGCCGCGGUGGCGCGGGCGCCGCGGAGCGGGCCCGCGGGCGCCCAGGAGGCGCCCCUGGUCUGCGAGCUGCGGCGCGAGUGCGAGCGCCUGCGCGCGGACCUCGCCGGCGCGGUCCUGGCGGAGCGGCAGGCCGCCCGCGAGGCGGCGCGCCUGCGGGGGCAGGGUGCGCUCGGGGAGAUGCGCCGGGAGUGGGAGCACCUUCGGAAGGAGCUCGGCGGCUGCCUCCGCGAGCUCGGCGGGCACUCCGCGAGCCUGCCGGAGCCGGCGGCCCCCGAGCCGCCGCGGAGAGCGGGCGGCCGCCGCGCCGCGGGGCCCGGCGGGGGGGAGCUGCUGCUGCCCGUGGCCUCGUGCUGA